AAUUUUGUUUACAUGAAAAAUUGGUGAAAAUUCCCUGAAAAAUUGAAAUUUUACUAGUUUUCCAGUGAUUUUUAGUUUUUCACUUUUCUUUUAGAAAAUUGACCAUUCCAGCUCACUGAGGUCCUAAUAUGGCACUCCGAUCUCUCACAGACGUCUUUGUCCUCAUGCGGAAUAAUGCUCUUUACAGCAACAAUAUCUACGCCGAAGCUAGAAACACAGACCGCGACAGUCUCUUGCACGGUCGUUCCCGGACCAGCGACGACGAAAUGUCUCUCGCACCUCCCAUUUGGAUCGACAAAUUUGAGGCAGGGCAAUUCAUCCUUUCCAAAAUCGACCCGAAAAUGGAAGAACUUGAAGUUUUGCACAAACGUCAUCUCGUACGCCCGAUGUUAUCAGAAGACGAUAGCGAGGAAAAGGAAAUUGAAGAAAUGAGUCAAGAGGUUACGCGUUUAAUUUCGCAAGCGCACAAACAAAUUGACCAGUUGCGAUCGUAUGGAGGCUCCUCCGUGGGAAAAGAGAAACGUUUGUUGGACAAUGUCGUCAUUUCGCUGCUAAAAUGCUUGCAAACCGUAACAGCCAAAUAUCGAAAUGCUCAGAAUGCGUACAUGCAACAAUUGCGAAGUCGCGAAAAGACAAGUAGUGACUUUUUUGAUGACCUGGCAAUUCAACCGGAUCCGUUAAGUCCCUCCUCGUCGAACAUUCCCGUGAAAUCUUUCGACAAUUUUCUGCAACAACCAAAUUAUUAUGACGACACGAACGACCAAAAUGUCGAUGAAUUCUUUGAAAUUCCCAUUUCCAAUAAAUUGACGCAAAAACAGCUGGUCUUGCUGGAACAAGAUAACACGGAAUUAAUUGAAACACGUGAGAAGGAAGUACUAAAUGUCAUGAAAUCCAUCGUGCACUUGAACGAAAUCUACAAAGAACUCGCGCAAAUGGUGCAGGAACAGGGAACAAUCUUAGAUAGGAUCGAUUAUAAUGUGGAGACGACACAGGUGAAAGUCCAUCAUGGGUAUGAACAACUCAAAAAGGCCGAAUUUUAUCAACGAAAGUCACGGAAGCUCUUUUGCAUAUCCAUCUUGGCGUGCGUUACGUUAGUUAUGCUCAUUUUACUGCUGAUUACGAAGCUCUAAAUAACUCUUUUUUGAAUUAAAUAAAUAUUAAAUAAAUAAUUUAUUAAUCAGGUUGCGGCUUGUUUUUUCGCCGUUCAGAAAAAUCUAUAACAAUA